AUGGAGCCAAGAAAGACAUCCAAAGUUACCGUUAUCCACGGGAAACAGGUUAGUCGGGUUUUGAAAGGAGUAGUGUUUGAUGAUGAAGACGUGGAUGCUUUGAUCAUUCCUCGUAAUGAUGCACUGGUAAAAUCUUUACUUUUUCAUGAUACUAAUGUUAAACAUAAUUUGAUUGACCAAGGUAGUUUAGUGAAUAUAAUCCUACUUAGAGUAGUGGACGAGAUGCAAGCGAAUGAUCGAAUCAUACUGAAAGCACAGUCGUUAUCUGGUUUCAAUAAUUCAAAUGUCGCCACAAAAGGACAAAUCAUAUUGGCAACAUUCGCAGAAGGUGUCAUCAAAGACACUAAAUUCCAGAUGGUGGAUGCAGACAUAGCCUAUAACUUAAUUUAA